UCUGCAAUUUAUAGUCCAUGAGUGGACUGAGAGGUUAAGUUAUUGGUGCACCAUCACCCAGCUAAUGUGGGUCAAGAGAGGAAGGACUUGAACUCAAAUCAUCCUGACUCCAUUGCCAACUUUCUCCACUACACCUUCCUCCCCCCACCUCAAUCUCUAAUCACAGUUUGUCAGUUGUCAGUUGUUUAUUCUUACACUUUAUAAUCUGGAUUCAAGGACUAUCUACAAUCAUAGCUCCCCAACUCUUCUCCCUUACCAACUUGCUUCUUUCUUAGCCUUUUCUGCUCUUGGAAUUAGGCAAGUGAAGGUUGAUAGAGAUAGUGGGUAGUGAGUGGUCCAAUUUAGAGGAAUUAUAGGCUCCUUAGAGUGGAGAAGUGGGAGAUAAGAUUAGAAAAAUAGUGGAGUUUCAUGAAUAUCAAGUUUGGACUCGACGGUGUUAGAACCAGGGAGUCUUUGAGACUCCCUGAGAAGAAUGAUAUGACCAGAUCUAUGCUUGUGGAAGUUAUCUGGUAGAUGUGUGAAAUAAUUGGAGAGGAGACAGAGUGGAGAUAGGGAGGGGGUUGUUGGAACAGCCCAGUCAAGUUGUGCUAAGAGCAGAGUUGAUAGAGAUCUGGGAUUGAUACCAGGAAGCUGAGUUCAAAUUUCCACUCUUACACUUCUGAGUAUAAUAGGGUUGAUCAGUGGAACCCCUGAUGUACAGAACUGUGCAGACCCUCCUCGAUUUCCCUCCCUCCAACAGAGCAUGUACACUCUAGCUCCGUGGGGAGUGACGGGUCCUUUAGCAGAUCCCAUAGUUUGCCCAGUCACCCUUGUUACAAUGCAUGCUACACUGUGACUAUCAAGUAACGUAACUUUUCUAUGUCCUUCAACAUUUCCGAGGAACAGUUUAUUUUGACUUCCAGAUUCUUUUACUGGAUUAAAAGUGACAGAGCAAACAACUUUCUAGGAAUAAACGUCUUCGAGGAGUUUUUUUGUGACCUUUACGUGUACAGGAAGCUCCUUUCCCUGUAGUUGUUGACAAAGUCACAGAUCCUUCACACGUUAUUACUUAUUGGAGGUGUGAAGGAGGAAGGGUAAAAACUUUCUAGAGUUGAGGGUGACGGCCAGAAAAUCAUUCAAACUAACCUAAAAAGGAUUGAUUAGAUUCUGCCCUGUUGGUUUCCGAGCUGUUGUAGGGACUACACGGCUAGGCACAGAGGCGGGUAGCAGUGGACUCACUUGGGGCUAAAGGCGGAGUUAUGUCGGAACGACUGGGGUUAGGACUAGAGCCUGCGUCUUUCCAUUCCAGGGCCCCUUGUGCAGCUCUGGAGCUAGCCUCUCUAUUGCUGAUCCUCUUCUCAAUGGUGCCCUGGGCUGGGUGGCAUCACAGGGGCCAGGAACAGUUGCUCUAGUUUGGGGAAAGGAUCAGGGGAGAGAGCGGGAGAGUGUCCUAUUCCAAAAUUAGAAUGUAUCUGUCUUCAAGAUGCUCUUUGACGGAGGCGAAGCAGGGCAAAGGAUACUUAAGUGAGGCUAGGAUAAGGCAAACAGUAGGGGGUUGGGGGUGGGAGAGGAGGCGGGGACAGGGACAUUCCAUCUUCUUUCCUUUCCCAUUUGGAGCUACGUGGGGAGAAAUCCCAGAGGGUUAUUUUAGAGGGAAACCAAAGGGUUAAUACAGGGAGUAGGAGAGACAGAAUAAGGGGGAAGGAGUGGGGGGGGGGAACCUCAAACCAAACUAAAAGAAGGCGCUCUUGGCUCCUCCCCUUCUCCACAGGGUCAGCACGCAUCUCUCUCUCACCCGCCCCCCUCGCUCGUUCCCUCCCUCCCCUCCCGUUUACAAGAUCUAAUGAGCUCCCCUGGGAGCUAGAGAAAAGACCCUGGCUUCGAAGCACACGGAGGGCUCCAGUCCACUGGGCUAGGCAGUCUCGGGAGCGGGAGCAAGGAUCCGGGUGCUGCGAAGCCCACCCUAGACGGGGCGUGAGCUGAAUUGAGGCCUGGGGAGUAGGAGAGUUACUGUGGACGGCCAAGGGAGCAACCUCCCGGGGUCCAAGAAGCUCUCAUUGGAAAGCGAAGUUAGGCGCCAAUUAGCCCCGGGCAGAGAGAGCCAGAGCCGGGGGCCGGGAGGCCGUGAAGAUGGCUGUACAGGCGGCUAUCCUCAGUCCCCAUCACUUCAUCCCUUUUUGCUUCCCCGGGUCUCCUGGGGCGCUAGGGAUGGACUUCGGAGACCUGGACAAGGGCUGUUGCUACGAGGAGGACGAGACUGGCGGGACUGGGGCCGCCCUGCUUGGUGAAGCUGUGGCCACCGAGGGAGCCGGCGGAGGGGACUUCAGGGAGGCCACUCGGGACCUGCUGAGCUUCAUCGACUCGGCGUCCAGCAACAUCAAGCUGGCCCUGGACAAGCCCGUCAAGUCCAAGCGGAAGGUGAACCACCGCAAAUAUCUCCAGAAACAGAUCAAGCGCUGCACCGGUAUGAUGACCUCCUCUCCCGCCGCUGCCUCGGGCCCUGCCCCCUCCGUCUCUCCGGCCCCCGGCCCUGCAGCUGCUGUCCCGGCAGGGGCUCCCGAGGCGCCCCCGAAACGAUUGCCUGCUGGCUCCCCCGCAGCCCCAGGCCCCCAAGGCAAGGCUCCCCCGAAGCGGGAGGGCUCCCAGGCGGCCGCCAGCCUGCAGAGCAAGAGCCUGGCUGCCCUCUUCGACUCUUUGCACCAGGUUCGAGGGAGCGGUGGUGAGAAAGGAGCCGAAACCUUGGCUGCGGCGGCUGGAGGCGGCAGCGGUGGCGGUGGCGGCGGCGUGGGAGCCGAAGGAGGCGGUCCAGCUGUGUCCGCAGCUGGGGCUGGUGGGGGCAAGAAAGUCCCUCUGCGGAACCGCAAUUUGCCCCCGUCCUUCUUUACCGAACCGUCUAGGGCAGGUGGCUGUGGGCCGUCGGGGGGCGGUGUGACCCUCCGCGAGCUGGAUAAAGGCGGCGAGGCGCUGGAGUUUUUCGAGCUCUUGAGUCCCGAUUACUGUGCUGGGGGCGAGGUGGGAGGCUUACUGCCCUCUGAGCCUCUCGACUUGUUCCCAGCCGCCGUGCGGGCCCCCCAGGAGCUGGAACACAUCCUGUACGAUCCGCACCAGACCUUGGUCACAGGCUUGCUGUACUCUGAGCCUUGGAGCACCCCGUGCCCUCCAGCCAAGAAGCCUGCCCCCGCUUCCAGCCGCGGGGGCGGGGGCUUGACCUUGAACGAAACUUUGCGCCCCUUAUACCCCGGCACCUCAGACUCCGCAGCUUCCAGCCUGGGCUCCCCUGGGGGAGAGGAGACCGCGGGCCACCUGACGCCUUUCGCCCAGUUCUUCCCUGACUGUGCUCUGCCAACCCCACCUCCUCCCCACCAGAUGCCUUACGAUUACGGGGUGGGGUACAGCCGGGUUGCUUAUUCUGGGCUUUAGAGAUUGGAUUCUGGGGAGAGGGGGCAACCUUGAGGGAGGAAUAGUGUAACGUGAACUCCCUUGUAUGUACUCGUGUUAACACGACUGUGGGCGAAACGGCGCCGCUCUCUCUCCUAAGCUGAAAGAUCGAUUAAAAAGUAGACCUGACAAUGAAACUGACUUUUUGGGGUGGGGGGUGGUGGGGGGGUGGAGUGGGGAAGAAACUUUGGAAAGGAAAUGUGAAAAAUGUGAUUAUCAUCCACACUCACCCCCAUUCCAAAGGAAAAAAUAAGAACACAAAAAUAGAUAUUUCUUGUAAAACAAAUUGCAAGUACAUACAAUCAAAAGUUUGUAGGCAGAGAGGGAGAGAGCCUUAAAUUUAUACUUACCCUCUCCAGAUUUUCAGAAUCCAGGGUCAGUUGGGUUGCAUUUAAUGCUCUUUUCCUCUUCCAAUUUAGCGCACUGGUGUUUAUAUGUGUGUGGUGUUGGUUUUUACCUCAAGUGGAUUAUGAAUUUCAACAUAUUAGAACAAUAAUAAAAAGAAAUAUUUUAUUG